AAGAAAUCAAGGCGCAUGAACGGGAUAACGACGAAUGCAUUAGGGAUUCUUUCUCUUUCUUUACAGCCUUUGAUAUGACGCGUCCGGCUGUGUAAUUCCUCGAUAUGGAGUCAUCAUCAUCAUCACGUCCGUCGAACGGCAACUCCGUACCGUUUCGACACUCGCCCACGGCAAGAACUCCUGUCGCGGACCUACAAGGCGAUACGGCGAACGAAUAUGCGGAACUUGCGAAGAAGCACUGGCUGAAGAGCUCAAAAGCCGUCAAGGUCAGGCCGAACGUUGUGAAGGAGGAAAUAUGGGAUCCCUUGGAGAAGAAUAACUUCCCCUAUGGAGAGCUUCUUGCGCUGGAAAACCUCCAGGUCGUGGAAAGCUAUCUCUGGCCUGGCUUCACUGAGAACUCGUCGAAUUUCCACGUCCUGCUCCUUGCCCUCUUCGUCAACGUCAAAAUCCGCGAAAACCUUCCGGCCUGGGAUCUCUUCUCGGAGCGACCAGCCGAGUUCUCAGCAUUCUUCCGCCGAGUCCUCUCUCUCACUAUCGAUGAGUCGCUUUCUAUUUCCCUCCGGACAAACCUGGUUUGCUUCGUCAUCGGUGCUUUUGGGUCCUUGGACAAGGGACUAGUCCGGAAGGAAUGUGCCCCAUUGGUCUCCAUUGGAGUAUGGCACAAUCUACACAGCUCUUCUACCCGGGAACGGAUAUUGGAGGAUAACUCCAUAUUCAAGAAAGCGUGGAGGGCCGCGAACAAGCGGUUUGAUGCAGCGGACGAGCCCACCAAAGUCAAACUGAACUUCGAUCGUGCAUGGCUCGCAACGCUACUCUCGGAAUUCCUGAACCAGCUGUACUCCUCAGAAGCGCUUCCUUCCACUGCAGUGGUCAUCUACUGCGAGCGGGUUCUGGAGCUACUGGUCGAUUUACAGAGCCAGGUACCGACCAGGCGCUAUGUGAACGCUCUGGUUCGAGACCUUAACCUUCUUCCCGCCAUCCGCCUUUCUCCAAUCCUCAACGAUGAAGAUCAAUCGUUGCUCCGUGACAUGUGCAGCCUCCUUCAGCAUUAUACGAGCUUCCCCGUCAAUGACCAGACCGGUCGACCUUACUCACAGCAGGAGUAUCAUGAGUUGCAUUGCAAACAAUUAGCACGACUGCAACGGGUGGCAUUGAAAACCUUGGACUCAAAGUUGAAGCUACUGUCGCUGUCGAACUACGGUUCGUUGGAGCAACGAGAUGAGUUGACCGCGCACGUUAAGGACCUCGAUCUGGAGGAACUCAAGCAAUUGUGUGCAGAACUUGGAUUCAGAAUCGAGUAUCAUUCAUCUAGCAACGUUGUCCAAGAUAGAGAAUUCUACUUGGAAGUUCUGCUUUCCGCCUUCGAGCGACAACCUACAUUCCAGGACACAGCACGCAAACUUCAGGUUGUCCCAACGGAACGAUCGCUGUAUGAGCCGGCAAUAUCAAGAAGCGAAUCAUACGACGGCUCCAGACCCCUUGCUCUCCCGAAACUCAACCUUCAGUACCUCACGGUGGGUGACUUCCUAUGGCGCUCCUUCGUCCUCUACCGUUCCGAAUCGUUCUUUGCCAUCCGCAAUGAUGUCGAGCUUGUCAUCAAAAAGAUGCAGCCACGGCGUGACGGGCUGAACACGGUCCGAUUUGAUGGCUCCUCGAAGAUGGCGUUGCCAAUAUCCAAACCUGCGAUAACGGACGUGGCACCAGCUAAGGUCGGAGAGGUCCUCCCUUCGCAGGUUCGCGCCGAGAUCAUUCUGGAUGUGGCCAGGCUGCCGUAUCCGGUUCGGCGAGAUUGGGAAUCGCUGAAACCCGACGACGUCGUGUUCCUCGCCGCGAUUAAUCCGGCUACGAAAGAGUUGAUGACAGAUGGAAAUGAUUUCGCCAAGCCAAAUGACAAGAUUGGGUUGGCGCAUCUCCGUUCAGCGCAGAUCAUUCAAGUGCAAGACGAGAACGGCAAACCGCUUCGAGAGCAGCAGCAAAAUCAGACGAAUGGAGAAGGUCGAAGACGGAAACAGCUGAGGUUGAUUGUGAAUCUGGACCCUGCGGCAUACCAUGACGAUACCGAUCCGAGCAAGAAGUCCCGAGUCGAGGUCUACGAGAACAUUAACCUCAUAAUCCGAAGAAGGGCCCGUGAAAACAACUUCAAAUCCAUCUUGGAUUCCAUCCGGAAGCUAACACUAUCGGAUAUACCAGCACCAUCCUGGCUGCAAGAAGUCUUCCUUGGUUAUGGCGACCCGUCAAGUGCGUCCUACAAGAAACUUCCGAACCGUCUUCAAUCCAUUGAUUUCCGAGAUACAUUCUUGGAUUGGCCGCAUCUUGUCGAAUGUCUCCAGGGCAGAAGUAUCGAGCCAAGCGACGAUGCCCAAUCUAGCUUCGCUCCGCCUUACGUGCUUGGUUUCUCCGAGUCCGCCAAGGACGAACCUCCGCGUACUUCCAAAAAACGGCGGAGAGGCCAGGACGAUGAGCCUCAGCCAGUGGUAGAGUCGGUCAAGGUAUCGACGUACAAGCCCACGAACAUGGGCCCAUACCCCUCAGACGCGCCGAAGCUGAACACCGUACGGUUCACCCCUACCCAAGUCGAAGCAAUCAUAUCCGGAACGCAACCUGGGCUGACCGUGAUUGUCGGCCCCCCCGGAACCGGAAAGACGGACGUCGCCACGCAAAUCAUCAACAACAUCUACCACAACUUCCCACAGCAACGGACUCUCCUAAUCGCGCAUAGCAACCAGGCCUUGAAUCAGCUCUUCCAGAAAAUCGUGGCUCUCGACAUCGACGAACGCCAUCUUCUCCGGCUGGGCCACGGCGAAGAAGAACUCGAGACUGAAUCUAGCUACAGCAAGCAUGGCAGGGUCGACUCUUUCCUGGAGAUCGGGCAAAAGUACUUGGGCGAAGUGACUCGCCUAGCAGCGAACUUUGAGGCACCCGGUGCGCAUGGAAGCUCGUGUGAGACCGCCGACUACUUCAAUUCCGUCUACGUCAAACCGGCUUGGACGAAAUAUUGGGACCAAGCACAAGAUGCCUCGACUACCGUCGAGGAGGUCAUCGAGACGUUCCCAUUGCACAACUACUUCUCCAACGCCCCACAGCCUGUUUUCCCAGCUACCGCCUCCAAGGACGAAGUUCUGGAGAUCGCCGAAGGCUGCUACCGCCAUGUCAGCAAAAUUUUCUCGGAGCUCGAAGAUAUCCGUCCGUUUGAGAUUUUACGGAGCCCGCGAGACAAAGCGAACUACCUAUUGAUCAAAGAAGCCCGGAUCAUCGCCAUGACAUCGACGCACGCGGCCAUGCGUCGGCAAGAAAUCGCUAAUCUCGGGUUCCAUUACGAUAACGUCGUCAUGGAGGAAGCAGCGCAAAUCACCGAGAUUGAGAACUUCAUCCCGCUUGCUCUACAGAAACCCGACAAAGGUGACCUGCCUCUGCAGCGCAUCGUCUUAUGCGGCGACCACUUCCAAAAUUCCCCAAUCAUUCAGAACAUGGCCUUCCGACAGUACGCCAAACUGGAGCAGAGUAUGUUCCUACGCCUCGUCAGACUUGGAGUGCCAACCAUCAUGUUGGACCAGCAAGGUCGUGCCCGGCCUUCCAUUGCCGAGCUAUACAAGUGGAGAUACCCCAAACUUGGAAACCUACCGAACGUCGAAACCGGGGCGGAAUUUCUCACUGCCAAUGCGGGAUUCCGAUAUGACUACCAGUUCAUCGACGUCCCAGACUAUAAGGGCAAAGGCGAGCAUGAACCGAGUCCGCACUUCAUGCAGAAUCUCGGAGAAGCCGAAUAUGCCGUGGCGUUGUUUAUGUACAUGCGACUGUUAGGCUACCCAGCUUCCAAGAUCUCGAUCCUCACAACGUAUGCUGGGCAGCGGGCUUUGAUCCGCGAUGUCCUCCAGCAUCGGUGCGCGAAGAAUCGAUUGUUCGGCAUGCCAAGGAUCGUGGUGACGGUGGACAAGUAUCAGGGCGAGCAAAACGACUAUAUCAUUUUAUCUCUCGUCCGGAGUCGCCGUAUCGGCUAUCUCCGCGACAUCCGCCGUCUCACCGUCGCUCUUUCCCGUGCACGACUCGGUCUCUACAUCCUCGGUCGCCGCGAAGUCUUCGAAUCAUGUUACGAGCUCCAAGAAGCCUUCGGGCAGCUCUUUUCGCGCGAUACAAAACUCAGCCUGGUACCCAAUGAGUUCUUCCCGACCCCACGCCUCCUCGACGCGCAGAAAGUCGAGUCGGUAGCGAUGGAAGGGGUGGAGCAUCUGGGCCAGUAUGUCUAUGAGAUGACGCAGGCGAAGGUCGAGGCGCUGAAGGCGGAAGGAGGGAAGAUGCCGGCGUUGGAAGCGCCGGUGGAAGAUGUGGAUAUGGAUGAUGAGGUGGAUCGCGGAUAUGAAGUGGAGGCGGGGGUUGAGGUGGACGAAGAUGAAGAUUGAGAUAUUGUUGGUGCCGAGCACCUCAUUUUUCAAAAAGUUUGAUCAUAGUCGGAUGCCAUUGGAGGAACGACUAGAGUGAAGGACCUCUUUAUAGCGGUUCUAAAAACCCCGUGGAUUGGGUGUAUAUGAUGGCCUUGCCGUCAUACUCGGGAUAGUUGUGUCUUUUUGACAUACUAUCCAGGUUCAUAAUUGGCCACUUUCAAGUACAUGUAAGAUUAAUGGAUUCAAUAUUGAAACCGUUCUCGCAUGACUCCCAC